AUGGAACCUGAGCCCUCAAACAUGGUCGCACAAAAACGAUCCGCAGGCCCCCUCGAGGGUGCCGUCUUCAAAAGCACGAAGAAGCCGUCAAGCCGCAACCCUGACUCUACCGCUGGCCCUGCCGAAGGACCACCAGCUUCUCCCAUCAGAAUCAUUGUGUCUCUACGCUCCGAGUCUAAAGCGAGACGGAAUGACCCCGAGACCAACACGUAUCUCGACCCCAGCACCAUCCCAAGAAAUGAGGACGAUGAGCUUGAUGCAGAGACCAGGGCCCUAUCCGACAUGAGUGGUCUACCAUUCCUCGAUGACUUUGCCCAUUUAAGGUGGCUUGAACGGAUCGAUUGCCUUGCAUUUGUGAACGGGAACCGGAUCGGAUAUUGCGACGCCAAGUUGAUUCGACGACUGCAAAUCCACCACAAGUUUUGGGUAGCGAUGGAAGAGCCAACUCGACAAACCUCGGAACUCGCUUUCGAACUGUUUGAUCGGUAUGGUCGCCUUCGCAAAGAGUUUCGAGAACACCCUGUCAACAAAGGCACGGGCGUUUGGGGAAGCGAACUCGAUGGUGAGGAUAUUCUUCUCUUUGAGAAUAUUCGAAUCGAGCCUGGGCAUCAUCGCCAAAAAAUCGGGACCAAGAUUGUCAAGGCCGUUCUCAACAAGACCCAGCGCAAGUCCACAAAGUUCUUUGCUUUGGUCAAACCAAGAUACCUCGUGGAAGAGAUCGAAAUCGUCAAUUCUGAACAAAGGGCAGUGGCCACUGAGGCUGCUGAACAGUUCUUCCGUUCGAUAGGCUUCAGGCGUGUCGGAACCUCUGGCUGGUUUGCCUUCACAGACGACUCGACUCAUCCCUCAAAGUACCUGGAGACUUCAGAUGAUUGGAACCAGCCUCGCUUCGCUCAAGUGCCACAAUCAACAGUGACAACCUUUGCCAGGCUCGGGGGAUCUGAUAUGGUUGACUCUGAAUGUGUUCAACUACUACAAACACACUUGCCACUUGAGCUCGUGGACAACCCCGGAAUCCUGGUUGACGAAGCGCAAAACACGAUUCUGCACCUUUUAGCCUUGAGGACCUGGCCUAAAUCGAUCGCAUAUGCUAUUGAAAAGUGGCCCCAGUUAAAGAGUGUCCGAAAUAGAGAGGGACACACGCCCCUUGAAGCGCUACAAGCGUUGAUGGAGACGUCAAGAACAACUCGGACCGAAAACGGCAAGACAUAUGUGGUGUCUGACGAUUUUCGAGGUUUUAGCUCUGUGCAAAUUGCAUCGCUCGGUGCCUUGGAAGGCGUCAAUGUUUGUGACCUCGACAAGGUCUCAAAAGACAUUAUCGCGCGGGUGUUCACCACACCAAAGUACGGAUUCCAACGUAUCCCCGGUGCCAGUGAGAUUCAGAGGACUCUGAGACUGAAGUACGGAUGUACUUGUGGACAAUGCCUCGGUGGAUUCUUGAGCCCGAGAAUGCAGCGAGCUCUUCGACAACAGAGUGUCUUGCAACUAGAGGCUCUCUGGGAUCAAAUCGACCAUGGACCUGCGUGGGCCAAGUGGAACAGAACUCAACUAAGACGAGUUUCAUUCACAACCCAACACCUGAUGGAGGAUCAUAAGAAUCUCAGGGUGGGAUUCGUCAGCCUGAGCAAGCAUUUCUCAACCUGCAUCGAACGGAAGCGAGUUCCCGAUGAGGCGAACAUACUUGAAGUUUCUCAGGGGAGUGGUGUGGAGGAACAAUUUCUGCAGCAGUAA